GUUUGAGCAAGCAGAGCAGUUGUCUUUUGCCCACACCCAGCUCAGACACAACACAGCUCCCCAGAGUUACAGACGUGCUGGAUCUCUGUGUAACUCCCUUUGCAAACCUUCACCAUGUUCCUCGCUAAAGCUUUGCUGAGUGGAGCAACUGGUAGCAGUCAUGGAGCGAGCCUUGCACGUGGCCUUGGAGGCCUCCUAACAGGAGGUGGACAUGGAGGGAAUAUUGGAGGACUUGUUGGAGGUCUUGUCAACCUGAUAAGUGAAGCAGCAGCUCAGUAUAAUCCAGAGCCACCUCCACCUCCUCGCAACCAUUUCACAAACGUGGAAGCUUACGAGAGUGAAGAGGUCAGACAGUUUCGUCGCCUUUUUGCUCAGCUGGCUGGAGAUGAUAUGGAAGUGUCUGCCUCAGAGCUAAGGGACAUCCUUAACAAAGUUAUUUCCAGACAUCAUGACCUGAAGACAGAUGGCUUCAGCUUAGACACAUGCCGUAGCAUGGUAGCUGUCAUGGACAGUGAUACAAGUGGCAAGCUGGGCUUUGAAGAGUUCAAGUACCUGUGGAACAACAUCAAGAAGUGGCAGUGUGUAUACAAGCAGUAUGAUGCCCAUCAGUCGGGCACUGUUGGGAGAGCUCAGCUGCCGGGUGCCUUGAAGGCUGCAGGGUUCCAUCUGAACGAGCAGCUCUGCCAGGUAAUCGUGCGCAGAUACGCCAACGAGGAUGGCAGCAUGGAUUUCAACAGCUUCAUUAGCUGCCUGGUGCGACUGGACAGCAUGUUCCGGGCUUUCAAGUCCCUGGACCAAGAUGGAAGUGGACAGGUCAAAAUGACCAUGGAAGAUUGGCUGCAGCUGACCAUGUAUUCAUGAAGGCACAGCAGAGAAGCAGCUUCAUCUGGAGCAUAUGCAUACAGAACUGUAGCUUUUCCCUUAUUCUAGGGCAGAUAUAGCUAGCAGUAGAUAGCUCAGCUUAAAAAUGUGGUGAUUCCUCUUGUGCAUGCAUUAACCUGCUUUUGUGAAGGGUUUGGGUCAAGUGGACAGCUGCAUAAGUGUAUUUCAGAGAAUUUUCUAGACCCUGAAGUGAGGAAAUAUGCUGAAGGAUCAAAGUUUAGUUAUUUCUUCAUGUAAACAGACUUUUACCUGAAUAUAACUAGGAUAUAAAAGGCUCCUAAGCUUGGUGUUGAUGUUACUGUUCAGAUUUGUCAGCACUCCCUAAAGAGGAAUAAAACUCCCUUUGCCUGAAGGCAGUCACUAGUAAAGAGAGUUGUGCAGUUAUUUCUAACAAGGAGAAAAACAAGAGAGUUGCAAUAACUGUAAUGAUCAAUUAAUUUACAUAACUAUAUUUAAUUUUCCUGCCUACUUUUGCUUUUUCAUGCUUGUCUGCUGAAGCAAAACCUAAGUAGUAGUCUCAGGUCUACCUGCUGGCCAGAACAAAAUUGGAAGACUUAUAUAAGGCUACUUUUGCAACCUUUUGCUCCUUCAUACAAUUCUAUUAAGCAGUUUUUUUCUCUUCAAGCCUUGCUAUAGCUAUAAUGUCAACUACUGAAAAUACUACAUUAUACUUAGAGAUGCCUGCUGCAAUAAUGCAGUCACACAGCAGCCAGCCAGCCAAAAUCAACCUCUGGCUAGCCUAGGUAAAUUUUAUCAGGGUGCAACAUCAUACUCAAGCUAGUGGGAACUGAGGCAGUUCUAAGGUGUCAACUUUUGAGUAAAAGCUCAAAGAGUAACAGUAAUUGUCAAAGAAACACUUCUUUGCGUGAAGGAUUACACAGUUGGUGAAAACAGCUCUUACACU